AUGCCGAAGCGCAAAUCCGCCAGCGCCGCGGCCGAAACCUACGACGCGGACGGCGGCGAGGCGCCCCGGAGCAAGAAAGCGAAGGGGGGCGAGGGGAAGAAGGAAGGGGGGAAGAAGGAAGGAGAAGGGAAGAAGGAAGGAGGAGGGAAGAAGGAAGGAGGAGGGGAGUUUUGGGAGUUGGCGGGGAAGCGGCGGGUGGGGAUUAGUGAGUUCAAGGGGAAGACGAUGAUUAAUAUACGGGAGUACUACGAGAAGGAUGGGGAGAGUUUGCCGGGGAAGAAGGGCAUCUCCCUCCCUGUCGAACAAUUCAAUACCCUGAUCAAGCUCCUCCCGCACAUCGAGACUGUAUUGGCGGAGAAAGGCCAGAGUGUCGAACGACCUGAUUAUAGCGGCGCGGGUGCGUCGGCGGCUAUGGACGAGGACGGUGACGAGGAGGAUGAAGAGGUGGAGGGCAACGGGAAGAAGAAUUUCGAGGAGACGAGUGACGAUGAGUGA